AUGACUUCCGCGCUGCGUGGACUCCCUAAACCUAUAGGACUUGUGGCUGCGACCGCCCACGGCCCUCCACUGCAGCUAAAGGUGGGCAGCCUUUCGAAGUGGGUCAGCCAGGAUCGCGAGCAACGCGGCCCGGCAGAGACGGCACGGACAAGCACCUGCCAGGCCGCACUGCGCAUGCGCCGCGCCCUACCCCCCACCACGCGGCCCCGACAGCGGGCCGGCUGUCCCCCUCCACGCCAGCCAGUCGCACAGCCUCAGUCGCUGCCUGACCGCCACGACGACGACGACAACAACGGACAAGCGGGCCCGCCGCCUCCUGCCGCCAUGCAUACAAAUAAAAUGGGACAACAGCAGCAGCAGCAGCAGCAGCAGCAGCAGCAGCAAUGA